AUGUCCUUCCAACCGCCACAGCGCAACCCAUCACUCUCCCCGCACCGACCCCUCGAAAGCAACUACUGGCGCGCGAGUCGCAGCCCAGGACCCGGACCAAACAGACUACCGGGAUAUGGGUUAUCCCAAUCACCAGGGUUAACCAGCAACGUGGGUGGGUUUUUCUCGGGUGAGCGCACGCUCCCGAUGUACAAGGACAAGCCUUAUUUCGCGCCGCGGCGCACGGGUCCGAGGCUGAGGCGGAGGAGGAUCCUGUACGCUGGGGUGUGUCUGGUUUUCGUCGUGUUUCUUUGGUGUUAUUUUGUGGGGUAUGGGGUGGAUGUAUCUAGGUCGAAAGUGGCGACUAGUGAUCCCGGAGCGGACUUGUGGAAAUGGAUUGAGAGUUUGGAUGCUGAGUCGGGGUCGGAGAAGGAUGUCGAUUGGGAUGCGAGGAGGGAGAAGGUUAGGGAGGUGCUCAUGGUUAGCUGGGAUGGCUACGAGAAUCAUGCGUGGGGACGAGACGAAUACUACCCCGUAUCCAAAACAGGCCGAGACAUGAUCCACGGCGGCAUGGGCUGGACGAUCGUCGACGCGCUCGACACGCUCAUGAUCAUGAAUCUCACCUCGCGCGUUCAACACGCACGGAGCUGGAUCCACAACUCCCUGCAAUACGACCAGGAUCACGACGUGAGCAUGUUCGAGACCACGAUCCGCAUGCUGGGCGGGCUUCUCUCCGCACACUACCUCUCCACCACGUAUCCGGAUCUCGCUCCGAUCACAGACGACGACGCGGGAGCUGCAGGCGAGGACCUGUACAUCGAGAAGGCGACCGACCUGGCGGAUCGACUGAUGGGUGCGUUUGAGAGCGCGUCGGGGGUGCCCUAUGCGAGCGUCAACCUCCAUGACUCGAAGGCAAUCCCGUCGCACGCCGAUAAUGGCGCGUCGUCUACGGCUGAGGCGACAAGUUUGCAGCUGGAGUUCAAGUAUCUGGCGAAGCUGACCGGCGAGGCGGAAUUCUGGCGCGCUGCUGAAAAGGUGAUGCAAGUGGUGGAUGCGCAGAAGGCUGAAGAUGGCCUGCUCCCUAUAUUCCUCUACCCUGAGACUGGAGAUUUCAAGGGUGAACAGAUUCGUCUGGGGAGUCGUGGCGACUCCUACUACGAAUACCUCAUCAAGCAAUACCUCCAAACAGGCGAAGACAUCUACAAAGAGAUGUGGGAUGAGUCCCUCCUCGGCAUCCGCAAAAACCUGAUCACAUACUCCAAAGACGCCCACCUAACAGUCCUAGCGGAGCUGCCCUCCGGUGUCAGCGGACCCCUCUACCCCAAGAUGGACCACCUAGCUUGCUUCCUCCCCGGAUCCAUCGCCCUCGGCGCAACAGGCGGGCAGCCCCUCUCCGAAGCCAAAAAGUCCCCCACCUGGACCCAGCGCCAAGACGAAGAGAUCCUUCUCUCCAAGGAACUCAUGAAAACAUGCUGGGCGACAUACCUCGCCACGAAGAGCGGACUCGCCCCGGAGAUCACCUACUUCAAGCUCGACGAGCCGCCCAUCAUGGAAAAAGACAUGUAUCCAGACUCCACCCUGACAACAGGAAACCGCAAAUCCACCGGAAAGGACCUGCCCCUAAAGUCCAAACCCCUCCAGCCCCAGCACAGCGGGGAAGACCCAGCGUGGAAAUCCGACCUCAACAUCCACCAACAAGACCGCCACAACCUCCAACGGCCCGAGACCGUCGAAUCCCUCUUCUACAUGUACCGCAUCACCGGAGAUGACACCUAUCGCCAAUGGGGAUGGGAAAUGUUCAAGUCCUUCGUGCGGCACACAGCCGUCGUCGAAGACGACACCGACUCUCCCCCAUCCGACUCUUCCACCACUGGAGGCAAGACAAAGAACCCUCGCGUGGUCGGCUUCACAUCCCUCAACAACGCCGACACGAUCCCGACCUCCAAGCGCGACAACAUGGAAAGCUUCUGGAUGGCGGAGACGCUCAAGUACAUGUAUCUGCUGUUCUCGGAGAGGGAUUUCCUCCCGCUGGAGGAGAAUAUCUUUAACACGGAGGCGCAUCCGAUGCCGAGAUUUGUGCCGGGUGGGGAGUUGAAGACGGGGUGGGAGAGGGCGAGGAAGGUGGUGGGGGUGAAGCAGACGGGUGGGGGAGAAGAUAGUGCUGGGGGGGAUCGUGCUGGGGGGAAUUGA